AUGCAUCACUCGACAUAUAGUAGUGUGGGAAACAGGGACGAAGUUUUGAGUGCGUGUUGUAUGGAUUCAUUCUGUUGUAGCAAUUUAGAAUACCCUGGACGAGAGAGAAUCUUCUCUGAAGGUACGCGAUCUUCGUUGUGCAGUGUGAACACAGCUUUCAGCGCUCUGAGAACUCUGAUCCCAACCGAACCGGCUGACCGCAAGCUGUCGAAAAUAGAGACCUUAAGAUUGGCCAGCAGUUACAUUAAUCAUUUGGACGCCAUACUCAUUGCGGGUGCCAUGGAUCAACCUUGUACACGUCUUUUAGAAAAUGUUCGUUCGACAAGACCACAUGUUUGCACCUUUUGCUUGGCUAUGCAUAAAAAAUGUGGAAUCCCGGACUAUACAAAUGAAGAAACAAGACCGUAUGUCUACGUGCCAACGACUGCAACGUGUUUUGAUUUAAAUGUGAAUGAUAUCUAA